AUGACAACAAAACCAAAACUUAUUUCCAAGUUCGAGAUCCUGUCAUCGGUCUAUUUCGCUUCGGACUACAGAAUGCUGCGAGCGACAUUAAACUUGAACGUAACGAAGAGAAAUAGGCGUAACUUUUCCAACCCAUCACUAACACUGAAAACAUUGAAAGAGCAAGAUACUUACCUCGAAAAUCUGAAAAGUUACAUACCUGAACUUAUAUCGACAAGCACUAGCUACAAAGCCGACGACUACUGCCAGAAGAUCGAACACACUAUCUUGAACAGCAUUAAAAAUAUAAAAACAAACACAAGAAAUAAAAUAUUAUCUGAUGAAGCACUAGAACUAAUGAAAUUACGUAACGAAUUACAAAGCAAAAUAAAACUAAAUAAGAACGACAAAGAAAAAUUUAAAAUGCUCUACAAAACUACAAAUAAAGAAAUAAAGAGUUGUUACAAUACAUACAGAAUAAAUACUAUAAAGAAACACAUUGAUAAGUCAAGAUCAGCAAAAAAGGCGUAUAAAGAAUUGAACAAAACAAAGAACUGGAUUACAUGUCUCCAUUCGAGCUCAAAUAAAGCUGCUACUUGGCUGGACAUCAUAAAGGUUGCUACAGAUUUUUAUGCGAACCUCUACGGCCAUUCUAAUAGUACACAUCAUAGGAAAACUACCAACCAAACUAAGAAUAAAUCCCCAACUCCCGAAUUUACUGGCCCUGAAAUCUUAAUACAAAUUACAAAACUUAAAUCUGAAAAAAGCCUAGGCCAAGAUUGA